GGUGCGGAGGCGUUUGUGGUGGUGGCAGCAGCGGGAGCAGCGGCAGCUCGGCGCCUGGGAACCGAGGAGCCGUAGUCUCCUCAGGCUUCGCUGGGGAGCUCCUAGGGCAGGUGCCAGCCUUGGGAGCACCGCGGGCUGGCGUCGGGUGUGAUCUCCUACCUGGAAUAUGUCAAGUUCUUGGAAGUUUUCAGUGCACACACAGGGCCUGCUCCCCUGAGGAACCUGCCCUUUCCAGCCCAGGAUGCUUUUGUUUCUUGAUCUUCUCUCUACCCUCCCACUUUCAUCCACGUGGCUGAGAUUUUCAUAAUUUGGAAACCUGGGAAGUCCAAGAUCAAGGUGAUGGCUGACUUUGUUCCCCAGCCUUGGGAUGUUCAGGACACCUGGCAAUCUUAAUAAGAUUGUUAUAGAAGCUUACAGAAGCCCAGUCUCAAGGACUGUCCGCUCCUCCUGUGCUGUCAUAGUUUUGCUUGUGUUGUUCGGAAUACCUGGCAAUUGUAUUGGACUAGGCUCAAGACUGCUGGGGCAACAGGUGGCAGUUCAUAUAAAGGAAGCACUGGGACUUGUGCUACAAGGCUACACCCUUCAACAAUAAAAAAAGAAAUAGAAAAUGGAACCAACACGUGUACGUGAGGAAGAACAAGGGCCAGAACCACAGAAGAGCACAGAAGAAAGAAAACAGGCAGAUGAAGAUGAUAGAGAACUGAUCUUUGUUGGAGUGGAACAUGUAAAUGAUGAUGCUGAGCUGAUCUUUGUUGGGGUGACUUCACAUUCAAAACCAGUCGUUUCAAACAUUUUGAACAGAGUCACCCCAGGUUCAUGUUCAAGGAGAAAAAAGUAUGCUUACUGCAGAAAUGAUACUGCUCGCAAAUUGCGGCCUGUAAGUCGUCAUGUCACCCCUACAUCAGAAGCAGUGACUGUCUUGCCAGUUUCUGAAUCUGAAUCAAGAUUAACAGAUAGUCCUAUUAUUAUCACUGAGCCUUUGUCUAAACCUGAUUGUAAAGGUAACUCACCAUAUGUUGUGCCUAAUAAUAGCUCUUCAGAGUUAUGUUCUCCUUUGAUUACAUUCACAAGUUCAUUGCAGCACCCAGUAGGAGCAGCACUUUCUGUAGGAAGUUGUGCAUCAAAGCAACUUUCAACUUCUGAAGUAAACAGCAUAAAUCCCAAAAGGCCUAAACUCAGUAAUGGAAUCACAGGGGGACAUUCUUCAGCUUUAUCCUCUUCAGGAAUUUUUCAUACAAUUAUUCCUCAGCAGACCACACCCUCAAAUGGUGUUCAUACCUCAUUAAGCCCUAUUCAGAACAGAGCACCUUUUCCAACAGCUUAUCCAAAGGACAGUGUCCAUUUCAAUACUACAAAUCCUGUUAGAGAAAAUAGACAGACAAAAACAGACUUUUCAAGUCUAGCAAGUCAAAACAAGACUGUUGAUCCCAAGAAAGGAAAUCUGAUCGUGUUACUUCAUGACUUUUACUAUGGACAGCAUAAAGGAAAUGGGCAGCCAGAAAAAAAGACCCACACAACCUUUAAAUGCCUUAGCUGCUUGAAAGUUCUAAAAAAUGUCAAGUUUAUGAAUCACAUGAAGCAUCAUUUGGAACUUGAGAAGCAGAGGUGUGACAACUGGAAAACCCACACCACCUGCCAGCACUGCCACCGGCAGUUUCCCACUGUCUUUCAGCUACAGUGUCACAUUGGAAGUGUGCACACUGCCCAGGAGCCCUCUGCUGUCUGUCGAAUUUGUGAAUUGUCAUUUGAAACAGAUCAGUUUCUCUUACAGCACAUGAAGGAUAAUCACAAGCCUGGCGAAAUGCCCUAUGUGUGCCAGGUUUGCAGUUACAGAUCGUCGGUCUUUGCUGAUGUGGAAACACAUUUCAGAACAUGCCAUGAAAGCACUAAGAAUUUGCUCUGUCCAUUUUGUCUCAAAAUUUUCAAAACGGCAACACCCUACAUGUGUCAUUAUAGAGGACACUGGGAAAAAAGUUUUCAUCAAUGUUCCAAAUGCCGACUACAGUUUUUAACUUUCAAGGAGAAAAUGGAGCACAAGACCCGGUGUCAUCAAAUGUUUAAGAAGCCUAAGCAACUAGAAGGGUUGCCUCCUGAAACUAAAGUUGUUAUUCAAGUAUCACUGGAACCUCUUCAACCAGGGUCAGUGGAGGUGGCAUCCAUUACUGUGAGCACAUCUGAUUCUGAAUCAUCACCCCUCAGGGCCUAAAGUAGAAUUAAAAAAAGAAAACCUUGUGAAUCCCAAUUUCAGGAAAACUAAAGCGAGUAUUUUAAUGAAAGUCAGAGAUACCAUAAACAAAAAAAUAUAAACCAUACAUUCUUUAAUAGCUUAAAUAUGAGUUUUUUAAUUCAUGAAAUAUGGUAUUAUUUGAUACAAAUUUUGAGAUGUUAUUUUAAAAUGUAUUACUUAGAUUUUAUGUGACUGGAUGUGGCUUAACUCAUAAAAGGUGCUUGUGUGUGUGUAUGUAUGUGAAAGAAAGAAGUUGAAAACAUAUUUAUUAUUUUGCUAUUUCAUGUUACUUGUGAGUGUGUAACCUCUGCCUGUAUAUAGAGAGUUUAAGUGUCUAAUUUUAUUUUCUACUUUUUCCAUACCCUGAAGACUUUAAUGUUACCUCUAGUCAAAUUGGGAUGGCUUUGUUAUGGCAUAGUCCUGUUUGCUGCUGAACUCCCAGAAGUGCCUCUGUUGUGCUAGCCUAAAAUAAACUUGGCUCCGAAAGCUUGAAUGUGGAGAAGUUGAGCAAGAAGCUGUGGUGUGAAUGGGACCAGAAAGUGGGAAGUUAGUCAGUGGACAGCAGUGGCUCUUUUGUCCAGUUGAGAGAGGGGUACACAUUUACGUGUCUUGGAGCUAAGGCAUAAGGAAUUCUGUUUCAGGGUAUCUUUACCUAGCCCAUAUACAUCCAGGAAAGCAAGACCAUUACAAUGGAAUGCCUGUAUUUGGUGAGGGGUCCCUGCAGACAUCAAACAACUAGUGUAUCACUGACUUCAGCUGGAGAAGCAGAGGUAGUUAAUAGAAUGGUGCUUGGUGCCAGUGGACCUAUGUUUAGUGAUCCGCAGGGGAAUUUGAUAUAUUCCCUCCCUUCUCCUUUCUCCUGGCCUUCGGUCAGAAUGAACUAUGUCCCUCACAGCCACAGCAGUAAAGAAGUGAAGUUUCCCAAGGGAAAAAAGCUUUGGCAUCUAUAGUUUGAAAUGUACUGGACCCAUAAUUUUAACUGGAAAGGGCCAAACAGAUUGUAUCUGUCAAGUUCACAGACUGAGAGCUCAAUUUAGUUCUGUUAAGCUGGAAUGGGGGUUGUCCAAGAACACUAGGUAUAGUGGAUAAAAAUAGCCCAGAUGACUGACUAAAACUUAAGCUGAUUGUAGGGCAUUUUCUUGUAUUUUUUUUUCUGUUCAUGUAUCUCACCCUAAUUGAACAUGUGAAGUUUGCAGUUUUGCAUCCUGCCUGUUGGACAUGAAUGUAUUACAUUGAACAGUUAUUCUCUUGUGUGUAUAAUUUUCCACUUUAUGAAGUUAACACUGUUUGAAUGUUACUUGACCCAUUCCAAUGUGCAAGAAAUGACCCUUUUUUCAGUAAGUAUUAGGUUGUAGAAUUGCUGCUCUUCAUCUAACCUGUCCACCUUUCUGAUAUGUGGGAGACCUUUUUUCCUUGCCAUUUCCAAGGGCUUCUCCACAGAACUGUGGAGUACCCUCUGAGAAUUUAUUUAAUAGCAGCAGCCUUGGCUGCCUCUGUGGGUUCCCAGGGUUGAGUCUUCCUCGGUAUAUUCUGGUGCCUUCCUUCUCCCACCCCUGACCCAGGUACCUGGCAGCUUCUGUGCACAUUCAAGGGAUCUGAGAUCCAAGCCAGGAGACAUCUUUUUUCCCUUGCUUUCUCCUCUUCCUUAAAGGCACCUUAUCUCUCCCCACUCCUUUCUUUCCUCCCUAAUCUAAUUAAAUUCCUUAAGCUUUCACAAAGAGCUGGGAAGUGAUAAUCAUUAAGAGUUUAGCAUUCCUCUUAGAAUUUCAGGAGAAAAAAACUGCAGACAACUGUGUAGCUGUGAGUAUAACGUAGAUUCCAUUGUAUCAGUUUGCUCACUGCUUGACUGAUUUGAUUUGCACUUUGAACAUUUAACUAAGCCUUUUCAGUUAGUUUGCUUGGACCAAGGCACUUUGCUAAAAUUUUAGUCUGAACCUUUUUCUUAGGUGUAGAGAAUGUGUUUAUGCGUGUGUUCUACUUGUUCUGCUGUCAGGUGGAAGCUCCUUUGUAUAAUUAGAGCUUCAGACUUUGCAUACUUAUCUCCCUUAUUCUGUUUUGAUAGUAAAAAUAUGAACUGUUUUAGUUCUGUGUGUUUGUUGUUGCUUAGUUUUAUCAACUGUUCCUGCUGUUUGCUCUUUUACUAAAAUAUGCCCCUAAGGAGUGCAGUUGUUAUUUAUUGCCAAGGUUUCAGUGAUACGGGCCCUGCCCACCUCUUCUCUUUCAUUCUGUACCAUGGUACUCUACCAUUUUUCCCAGUGAUGCACUAUUUUUGACACACUGGUCUUGCUUCUCCUCAAGCAAAUCACAUUUCUUUCCAAUCCAAAGACUUUACAACUGCUGUUCUUUGUCUUAGAAAGCUCUUCCCCCAAACCUGCAUGGUUUGCUACCUCAAUUAAUUAAUUAUUGGACAUUUUCUUUGAGUCAUUGGAUUUUGUCAAUGUCCUUAAAAUGACACUGAAUAAAAUUUGACCCUCAUCCCUUUUCUUCCCAUAAAGACACUUUAUGCCUCUCCUUCCUUCUCUCUCUGAUCUAGUUAAAGUUCCUAGGUUUUCACCAAAAAGCUGGGAAGGGAUAAUCAUUAAGGGCUUUGCUUCUAAGAAUUGAGCUAGCCUGAGUCCAUUUCUGUGCCUGCAACCAAAAGAAAAUUAAUAUAGUGAGUUGAGUUCCUUCAGGAGCUUUCUCUGUUUUUCUAUUGAUACCUCUAUAUUUUUUAAAGGCAAUGUCACUUUCUUUUGUUUACAAAUAUAUUGAAUAGCAGUCAAGAUUACUAUUUUGUAAUUACCUCUUGUGAAUUUCCCUGUCUAUUUUGCUUGCUUGUUCUUUCAGAUAAAGUUUA